UUUUAUUACGCUCCACAUAAUUUAUUUUCGAGACUCAGUGAGAUCAUUCGUGGCUUACGGACAAAUGAGCCUGCAAGUCUACUGUGAAGAUCCUGCGGUUGUCUUUUUUUCGCUUGGCUAAUUUUUCCAGGCUUCUCAAUUAUUUCGCGGACAGACGUAUAAAGAGGCCCGUCUGGGAAACUUGUGUUGGAAAUUGGAAUGAUCCAGAAGUGGUAAAGUCGUGAGCGCAAUCAUACGCUGUUGAAAUAUAAAACGGUGUUUUUACGUUUAUUCACGCGCUCUGCAAAUAUAGCUAAAUCAAUUUGCAUUUUAGUGAGUAAAUGAAUUAUAUGUGAUAUGUCUUUAUAAAUUUGCUUGAUCCAGAACAUGAUUUCUUCAGUUCAUUUUUAGAAGCACUGACACACUGACACGUCAUGAAAUUUGUUUGGACCCUCACCAUCUUGUGCUAUAGCUUAACCUUUGUGGAAGUUGCUAAACAGCGCAUCCGAGCCUUGAAUAGCUACGAUCCUGGCUCGUGUAACGAGACAACUCAUGGUACAGAAGUUUUAGUCAAGGACAGAAGCGAUGAAGAAAUCCUUUUAAUUUGUGUCAAAGAUAAAGGCGUUUAUCAGUGGAAGCCCACAGUUGGCACGAAGAACACAAUUGGUGAAUUUUUUAAUCCUGGUCUUCAUUGUACCGAUAUUUUGAAUAAACAAGAAGACGCCAAAGAUGGAUUUUACUGGAUUACCCCCAAGGGCUCAAACGUGGAAAAGGUUUUCUGUGAUAUGACUACCGACGGUGGAGGAUUCAUAUUGAUUGGUCGCCAAAACGACUCAAUCACAUGGACUGUUUCCUCCAAUAACAAAACAGUUGAACCGUACGGUGAACCUCAUUGGUCGAGCUCUCUGGGUGAUGCACCAAUCCUAGACUUCAGAGUGCAAAUGGCAACGAGUGAGGAUUUUAAAGCAACAAAGGCACACUGGUCCUACAGAUUUCAGUCAAAACGUCCAAUGAAGAGUCUAAUGAUGAAUAAUGGUGGAUGUGAUGAAAGAUCUGCUGGAAUUGGAAACAUUGCUUACGUUAAGGAUCUUCUAACUGAGAGCAUUGUCACUACGAAUCUCCGCUGCGCAAAAUUUGGACACGCUCAUCACCCUUUGGUAAAAUUUGGAUGGAGUAAGAUGAAUUUGUGCUUUCAAAGAGCAUGUCCAUGGGGCUUUGCGUUUCUUGAUGCUGUAAGGCAUCAAGUAGAUUAUAACGGAGGAUUCAGUUUCAGCAUCGGAAGAAAGAUGUCCGGCAUGGAAAAAAACGCAACCGCUUCAGUAGGAUGCGACAAUGGAUAUUGCUGUGGAUGCUAUGGUCCCGUGGGUGGAAAAAAAGAUUACUGUGCUGGACAUUGUAAAGCUAUUAAUGGUGGUACUGUCACGAAAAGAGCAUUCACGUGGUUUUGGGUAAGAUCCAGUCUUCCUAUGAGACUUUGGAAGAAAUGUAUGGAUUAUCAAGUCGAGAGAGAUGAUGGAAAAUUGAUUUCGUAUAAGUUGGUGGGACACAGUGUUGUUCCGGUUGAGGGUCACUGCAGUAAAGACUCCACACUUUUGCACGAUGGGAUUGUGGUCGUACCAGAUUCCUCUACCGCACAGAAAGUACCAGCUGUUGAUGGAUUACUGGAGUAUCGCAAGGACCAACAAGAACUUUAUGUAAGAUCAAAUAAAACAUGGAAUGUACUGGCCAAGGAGAAUGAGAUUGUACAAGAAAUGGACAGAAAACACAACUUGAAUUUGAAUGAAAUUAACAAACUCGAGCAGGAGGUCAAUAAUGUGAAGAAAAUUUUGCAGAAUUUGAUAAAAAGACAUGACAGUGAAAUGAAAAAGAUUUUGCCCGAGCAUAAAGAAUGUUUCGGUUAUAAAUGGCUGAGAGAAAACAACAGAAACCAGAAAUAUUAUUCCGGCAGCAAUUGUGACCAAAGGGGACUUUCCCAAGGUUGGUAUAGAUUUGGAGAAGGAGCUGGGACUAAAAUGCCAACAUCGUGUGUACCUAAGUACAGAUGUGGAACACAUGCCCCAGGUUGGAUGAAUGGCGCUCACCCUACAGUUGCCCAAGGCAAGAUCACCAGGACAGUGUGUUACCAUUAUAAUAGCAAUUGUUGUAACUGGUCAAAUAACAUCGAGGUUGUUAACUGUGGACUGUAUUAUGUCUACAAACUAAGCUCUCCUCCCGAAUGUACCUUAAGAUACUGUGGAUCAGAUUGAAGCCCAAGUUUAAACGUGUCGCAUGUGUCAAUGCAUUUGCUGAGAGUUGUGUGAUAAGGUCAACAUACGCAUUUAAAAUAUAAUCUAUGUGGUAACAUU